GUAAUGGGGUGAAAGUUAAUGUGACAGACAGGAAAUUAGUCUCAAGGAUAUACUAAAAAAACUCACAAUAAUCUGCAUUUCAAGUUUGUUCUGAAACCAGUCAAUUGUCAAAAUUUCAACAGAAACAAUUAUAACUCUUGAAAGGAUAAACAUGUAAAAUUGAACUAAAAGUACCAGUAACCACUUGAAAUAGCAAGUAAGGUAUAAGAAAAUUGUUAUUAGGGCUCCAUGUACCAGAAACACUCAUGCAUUUAAAUAAAUCUAAUUGUCAUCGUUGUUCAAUAUUUUUCUGUUAAUAUUUUGGAUAUUUACUACAGGUCAAACAUUAUCCUUUUUCUUUGUAUGAAAAUUUGUAUGUAUUUGCAUUACAUUUGACCUUUAACCACUUGGUUGGGGUGUGUUUGUCAUGCUACACCAACUGGAACUGAAAGUCAUAGUUAAACCUUGUUUAAGGUUAAUGAUUGAAUAAAUGAGGUGAAAACACUACAAAGGAUCAGGAAACUGCUAUCGUUCUAUUCAACCAUGGAGCUGAGGCAGCGUCUCACUGUAUGUGUUCAAAUGUUUUUUUGCAUGACACAACUGUGGGAGGGGAAUUCUCCCACACACGGACAUGCUCUUUCAACUUCCUCAUAUUCUGUAACCACGUCUCAGCCUUUUGAGAUGAGAUUUGUCUACUUUACUUUUUGUUUUACACCAUUGAUCUGCAGCAGAAACUUUCAAGCCUCAAUCCUUAAGCCUGUUUCUAGCUUGUGGACUUUUACUACAGGCCAAACAUUGUUCUUUUCUUAAAAUUGACUGGCAUUUACAUUACAUUUGAACUUUAACCACAUGGUUAAGGUGUGUCAUGCUACACUAACCGGAACUAAAAGUCAUAGUUAAAGCUUGUUAAAAGGUUAAUAAUUGUUUUUUAGGAACUCCUACUACAAAGGAUCAGGAAACCGCUGUCAUUCUGUCCAACCAUGGAGGUGAGGCAGCGUCUCUCUGCGUGUGCUCUGCUGCUUCUUUGUAUGACACUGAGUACAAAUGGAGGAAACAUCUUGGUGUGGUACACUGAAGGCAGUCACUGGAUCAACAUGAAGCCUGUGCUGGACACACUGGUCGACAGAGGACACCAGGUGACGGUGCUGGUCCCCAGCGUCUCAAUGUACAUGAAAACCAAUGAAACCUCUCGCUUGCGCUACGAACCCUUCAAUGUGUCCUUCACAAUGGAUGAUAUGCAGGAGAUUUUUCAAAAGUUACUUCACUUCACCAUAUAUGAGGUUGAGCAAAUGAACACCUUACAAAUGUUCGUUGGAUUUAUUAAUUUAAUGACCAAAAACCUGAUCAUGACUCUGGAAUACUUGGACGGCGUGUUAAAAUCAGAAACCAUCAACAAGUUGAAAGAUGGGAAGUAUGACCUCCUUCUGGCCGACCCCAUGUACCCAGGCAGCGAUUUGACAGCAGAGAUUUUGGGAAUUCCUCUGGUUUUCUCCCUGCGACUUACUGUUGGGAAUAACUGGGAGAGGCACUGUGGUCAGCUACCUGUUCCACCUUCCUACGUCCCUGCUCCUUUGAGCAAAUUGACAGACAGCAUGAGCUUCUUGGAGAGACUGAAGAACUUUCUCUUAUACGUAGUGCAGGACAGCAUGUUAGCAUAUUAUUAUUGGCCAAAAGUAGACAAGUAUUACUCUGAAGUCAAAGGAAAACCCACCAGCGCCUGUGAGACGAUGAGUAGAACAGACAUCUGGUUGAUGAGAACUUACUGGGACUUUGAGUACCCUCGUCCUUUGCUCCCCAACUUCAAAUUUGUUGGUGGGAUCCACUGCAGACCUGCUAAACCUUUACCAGAAAAUAUGGAAGAUUUUGUGCAAAGUUCUGGGAACAAUGGCAUUGUGGUCUUCAGUUUGGGAUCCAUGAUCAACAAUAUCACCACAGAGAAAGCAAACAUGAUCGCCUCAAGCCUGGCCCAGAUCCCACAAAAGGUGCUGUGGAGAUACCGUGGAGCAAAACCAGAGACUCUGGGAACAAACACCAAAAUAUAUGACUGGAUCCCACAGAACGAUUUACUGGGUCACCCUAAGACCAGAGCCUUCAUUACUCACGGUGGCACGAAUGGGGUUUAUGAGGCCAUCUACCACGGUGUUCCCAUGGUGGGCAUCCCCAUGUUUGGUGACCAGCCAGAGAACCUGGACCGUAUAAAGUCUAAGGGCGCUGCAGUUACUGUGAACUUCAACGCCAUGAAGUCUGAUGAUCUAAGAGAUGCACUUAAAGCUGUUAUCAAUGACAAAUCGUACAAGGAAAAUGCCAUGCGUCUGUCCAGCAUCCACCACGACAGACCAAUGACUCCUCUGGAAGAGGCAGUGUUCUGGAUAGAGUUCACUCUAAGAAACAAAGGGGCCAAACACUUGAGGGUCCAGGCCCAUCAGCUCACCUGGUACCAGUAUCACAGCCUGGAUGUCCUGGUGUUCCUCCUCACUGUGGUCCUGCUGCUCAUAGUCCUCUUGGUGAAGACCUGCACAUUCUGCCUGAGGAGGUGCUGUGGCAAAACAGGAAAGAGAAAGACUGAGUAAUGGGGUGAAAGUUAAUGUGACAGAUAAGAAACUAGUCUCAAGGUUAUACUAUAGAAACCUCACAAUAUUCUGUAUUUCAAAGUAUUACCUUGAACCAGUCAAUUGGUAAAAUAUUAAGAAAAACAAUUCUUUUUUAAGGAUAAACAUAUAAAGUUGAACUAAAACUACCAAUAACCACUUGAAAUCGCAAAUAUACUGUAAAGAGUUUUCUUAUUCGAUGCCCAUGUAUCAGAAAUGCUCAUAAACGAUUCUUUAGCACAAACACUCAUCAACAACUACACUGAAAAUUAGACUGAAACUGUUUGUGAAGUUGACAUUCAGUAAUGUGUUCACAAAGCAUUUUUCAGUCAAUUUUAUCAAAGUGCAUCUUUUAGGAUUUUGUUGUAAUAUUAAAGUGAAAACCAACAUUUUACCUUAUCCUGCAGUCAUGCACAUGUGUGCUAACUGGCACCAAUAAGAACAGUCAAGUAAGUUUUGGCAGGGGAAAUAUUUAGU